UUUAGGGUUCUUGGGCAUGGCGCGGCAGGGGUUUACGCGGGCGGUGGUUCUCGACGAGGCGAUUGUUUUCCAGCAGUGCGAUGAGAAUGCAGCUGAUUCCCUGCGGCCUGGCGCCGAUAAGCUCUUAAUCCGGCUCAGUUGUUCGGGAUUGUUUGUGGGACUCUUCUUUCGAUCCGAUCUAUCGGCAAGAAAGGCUCAGGCUUUGAGAGAGAUAGGAGUUUCCAAAGGCCUUCAUUUGAUUCAAACUUUCUCGGAUCAAAACCAGGUUCUUUCAGAGGCUCAGUGCGUGGUCGUGUGCGCCGAAAAGAAUUUGGAGGAAUUCAAAGCAUCGCUUGACAGUAGCUGGAACUUUAUAGCUGUUGAAAAUUCAACACUUCAACUUGAGUCUCUACCUUUCGCGAUCACGAGCUUGAUAAAAAAGGAACUUGGAAACAAGAUCACUCUCGUUGGUCACUGCAUGAACUGGAAUAGGGAGAAGGAUUUGCUUCAGAGGGGUGCGCUCCCGUUUAUGUCAACGUUUGGAAUGUCUUUCACUCCAUUAGAUUUAUCGUCUUCCCUGGAUCGGCAACUUAGUGUGGUCGAUAUCGUGUUGAACAAAGCCACAGACGAGAUUGUGAGCGUUUCAAAGGUGGUCUCGAACACCAACGAAAAAUGGAUAAAUUUCUCUGACCGAUUCAACAAGCUGGAAAGGUAUCUGCAAGAACAUCCGGACAUUCAUGUCGUGGAUCCUACUAAUCGAGUGACACCCCUUAUGGAUCGUGUCGCUACUCAAUCUCUUCUCGAAGAGCUGCCACUCAUAGAGGUAGCUGCUGGCGGGGCAAUUGUUCGUCCUCCUCGUUGCGUUAAGGUGACAGGAUUUGAUGAUGCUGCCCUUUUCGACAAGCUGAAGUCUGCGAACUUGGUGGUUCCUACUAUUGUUAAGCCGCAAAUUGCUUGUGGUGCAUCGGAGUCACACACCAUGGCUAUUGUUUUCGAGGAUCGUGGCUAUUCCAACCUUGCUGUGCCUCUUCCAGCAGUUAUUCAGGAAUACGUUGAUCAUCAAUCAGUCAUCUUCAAAUUUUAUGUUCUAGGUGAGCAGGUGUUUUACUCAACCAGGAAAUCUACUCCGGACGCAGUCGUGCUACGCACGAUGAUCAACACAGCAGCGCCAAUUAUUGUGUUUGACAGUUUGAAAACUUUACCGACUGGAAGAGCCGUCGAUGAGAAAGCGGCAGAAUCGGCUCUAGAUAUCACAGCAAUGCGAUCAACGGCUGCUGCGCUGAGACGGAAACUCGGACUUACAAUCAUUGGUUUCGACGUGGUUGUACAUAGCCACACACGCGACCAUGUUAUAGUGGACGUGAACUACUUUCCAACAUUCAAGGACGUUCCUGACACGGAAGCAGUCCCUGCAUUCUGGAAAGCUUUGCAAGAAUCGAGAAACACAAGAACUAUCUAGCCAGCCACGAAGAAAAGAAGUAAUAACCUCGGGAAGAGAAGGAGAGCCCUCAGCAAAAGCUUUUGGAGGAACUUCCGCGCAACUGAGGAGCUAGCCUGAAGUGCCACAGCCUCUUGGUUGGAGCUUCCUCCACGAGAUUCGCGCGACACAGAAACUCCUCGCAGUACUGCCUCUCCACCGGCCGCUCCACGUCGUGUGCCUCGGCAAAGUAGCCUCGGGGAGCGUCCACCAUGAUCACGUCCCAGUCAACCUCGUACAGCUUCUUGGGAAGAUAACUCAGCGCGAUCUUGCAAGUC